AUGUGUGUUCAGGCGCUGGCACCUGCCUCCACAGCCCACGGCACUGCAGUGACUGCCGAGGCACCUAGCAAAACGGUUUCCCUCUUCAAGAAGCUUGGCGGCGGCCCAGCUGUCAGAGCUGCAGUUGACCUCUUCUACGACAAGAUGAUCGACGACCCCCGUGUGAGCUACUUCUUUGAGGGAGUUGAUAUGAAGAAGCAGCGCGCACACCAGGCCGCGUUUCUGACAUAUGCUAUGGGCGGCUCGAGGAGCUACGAGGGCAACGCCAACAUGACUGCUGCGCACGACCGCCUGGCCAGGAACAUGGGAAUGCGAAUGGAGCACUUUGACGUUGUCCUGGAGCACUUGGAGGGCGCUUUGCGCGAUCUGCAAGUCCCAGAGGUGCACUCACAAUACUGCUAA